GAGUCCGGAAGAAAUGUCAAAGUUUCAAUUUUUUAAACUUCAAUUCCUCGUUUUUCGCGUGAAUUCUGCUCGUGUGUGUGUGGGGGGAGGUGAAUGUGUGCGUGAAAGUGUCUCAGCGGAGCAAAAAUAUUGUUUUGUGUUAAUGAAAAAGGUGAAAAAAACGUAUUUUCCGGGUUUUGCACAGUCUGGAAAUGCUUGAAACCUCUAGUCAGGGUACCUAAGUGAUUGGAAAAGGUUGCCCCAACAGCGCUGCAAUGGCAGGGGUCUUGGGAUAUAGCCGCGAGGCCGUGAGGGUGCGAGUGAAGAAGUACGAAAUGAAUUUACCGCCGGAAUGGAGGAAGUUCUCCGUGGAUCCACAAAUAACAUCCCUGGAGGUUCUCUACAGUAUCCUGGCCAAGGCAUUUGAUCUCAAGACAGAUUUCACCGUUAGCUACAAGGCAAUUGAUCCCAAUGGUCAGGAAAUCUACCUGUCAGUGCUGUCAGAUUGGGAUCUGGAUGCGGCAUUCCUCAGAGCGCACAAUUACUCCAUUUCCACGGCAUCGGAGCCAUGCCUGAACCUCCGGGUGGACAUUAAGCCCUUCUCGGAGGCUCCAGAUUGGGACAAUACGAGCAAUUCGAGCGCCACAGCAGCUCCCAAGGAGAAUAUGCUCAAUCAAUCGCUGGGAGCGGGUCAGCGGUAUGUCCAGACGGUGCAGAAUCGACUUCCGGGAAUUCUUAUGAACCAAAUGGAGAGAACCUUCUCAAUGGUUCAACGGGCAUUCAAUUUCAUUGAUGAACAGACAAUUCUCCAACCUCCACGGCAUCCUCUGACAGAUGCCGAGUUCCGGGGAAUGCUCGAUUCCGUGGGACAAAUUGUUCAGCCCUUCAAUCUCCGGCAGGUGAUCUACUUGGGGGGAAUUGAUCCGAGUUUACGACGCGUGGUGUGGAAGCACAUCCUGAACGUCUAUCCGGAUGGGAUGACGGGACGCGAGAGGAUGGACUACAUAAAGAAGAAGUCAGCGGAGUACUUCAAGCUCAGGGAGACAUGGAGGGCGGCUGUGCAACGGGGGAAUGUUGCCGGUGAGUUGGCGUACGUUACGAGUAUGGUGAGGAAGGAUGUCCUGCGCACCGACAGGCUUCAUCCCUUCUACGCUGGCAGUGAUGAUAAUCAAAAUAUUGCGGCUCUCUUCAACAUUCUCACAACAUUCGCUCUCAAUCACCCAUCCGUGAGCUACUGUCAGGGAAUGUCGGACAUUGCAUCACCCCUCCUGGUCACAAUGGGUGGCGACGAAGCACAGGCAUUUAUUUGCUUCUGUGCCGUCAUGCGACGUCUCAGUGGGAAUUUCAUGCUCGACGGAUUGGCAAUGACACAGAAAUUCACCCAUCUCACCAUUUCGCUCCAACACUACGACCCCGAAUUCUACGAAUACCUAAAGGCGCAGCAGGCAGAUGAUCUCCUCUUCUGCUACCGCUGGCUGCUGCUGGAGAUGAAGCGUGAAUUUGCCUUUGAGGAUUCCCUACGAAUGCUUGAAGUUCUCUGGAGCUCCCUCCCAGCGGAUCCGCCCGAGAAGGAGCUGAAACUCUUCGAGAGAGAAUUUGAGGUUACUCCGGAAAUUGCAACUCCCAGCAUCCCGUCAAUCCUCCGGACACCCCGAGAGAAUCCCUACACGAAAAUAUGUGCCCUACGACGGCAGAAUUCAGCUGCAUCGCUUCAGAGUCACCACAUUAGCUACCCAACGAGCCCAGCUCCACUGGGUACCACAAAGCGCCUCAAUCACAGCCUGGACGAGACCCUGGCGUGCCUAAGCCCCGAUAUUGGUAAUCCCAAGAGCCACCGAAGUCUCGAUGAGACGAAAUUUGUCUUUCCCGAAUGCCUCGCAAAGGAUGAUGAGAUUGUCGAGGAGAAACCCAUUGAGGAUGAAGUUGAGAAGCCUCCAACGCCUGAGGAAGCGCCUCGAAGGCAACCAGUCAAUCGGUAUCCGUUUCAGAAGAAAUCCGGUGGGCACUUCAAGGAGCUCAAGGAACGUCUAGCAGCGAGUAAAAAGGGCAUCCUUGCAUCCUUUGACAGCAUUCAGCAGCAAAAUAAUGAUCAGGGGCAGAAGCUGGUAAAGAAUUUCAAUGAAUUCCUCAGCUUUGGCGCCAAAGUGGGGGAGAAAGGGAAAGACGAGGAGGAUGGGCAGCAGCCCAAAUUCACAAAUCCCUUCGAUCCACGCUGCCUCGAUGAUAGUCCGGAUGAUUCACAAGAAUACUUCCCCAUGACGACGUCAAUGACGAGGGAAUUGCGAUUGGAAUUGGAGAAUCUCGAUAGGCAGCUCUUCGGUCCGGACUUCCAGAAGAAACACUUCAAUUCCCUCCUGGACUGUGACACACCCGGAAGUGGAGAUUCUCUCAAUAGUGGUGAUAAGAAUAAAUCCCCGGGAAUUGCCUACACCAAGCUAGAGACGAAUUCUAUUGAGGUCUGUGAGGAUACAACAAAGGAGAGCUUAUUCAAUGGCCAUCAGAAGGAUCCGGGCUCGGAGAAGGUAACAAGUGGCACAACGGAUGUAUUCAUCUGGGAAAAUCCGCUGCAUCAGCUCAAUUCGGGAGCUGAGGAUGAACGACAGGUAGCGGGUGUAAAUCUAACCACACCCGAUGAACAGACUGAUCUGGAGUACGAUGGGGAGAUUGUGGAUGAGACUAAUGGUGGGAAAUCAAUUACACCCAUUCGCCUGCUUAUCCGGCGCAAUGAUUCCAAGCCAAGUAGCCGGAAUUCCGUUGUGUACGGCGAAGAAUCCGACUCUGAUCGAUCAGACAGUUGGAAUGAGACGCAUAAGCAGGCAGAAUGUCGCGAAACAGUGGAAGUGGAUCAGAGAAUAACAGCCACGGCAACAAUGACAAAUUCAUGCGAGGAAGCAUCGGAAGCGAGCAAUUCUGUGGCACCACCGAAAAUUCCGGGAGAUCUCCCGCCACCCGGUGAAUUUGGCGGUGGGAAUCCCUUCCUCAUCUUCCUGGCACUCUCCCUCUUGCUCCAGAGUCGGGAUUUUGUGAUAAAGAGCAACAUGGACUACAAUGAGAUGGCCAUGCACUUCGACAAGAUGGUCAGGAAGCACAAUGUCACGCGGACACUCAAUCAUGCCCGUCGAAUGUAUGCAGACUACUUGAGAUCCCAGAAUACAGCCACGGGGACCGUGGGCAGGUCCGGGAUUAUCGGAACAGGCCGAAAACAUUCCAAUAGACUCUAAAAAAAAAGACGUAAGCUGAAAACUUUUGUUGUGAUUCCAUUGCGAUAUAAAGAGAGAUUCUUUUCCCCCUCGCACUGUGAUCUCGUCUGGAGAUUUCGAAUGCGUAAAUAUUCCGAAGAUUUGUGCAUUUUUCCAAUUAAAAAAAUUAAAACAAGAGUGUUACAAGGUAAUUUUGCAUUUUUAUAAUAGAAUUAUUAUGACCCUAAAUAUGCUUUAUAAUCGUAUAAACGUGAUUUAUUGUUCCUAGUUAUGGCAUUUUUUACAUAAUGGAGAAAAAAUAUUGUAGCUAUUUAAGAUUUAUUUAUGUGAAUAGAAUUUUGUAAUUUAUAUGCUCAGUAUUUUUUUCGAAAUCUCCAUCGAAGAUCAGCGGAAGAUUCUUCCAGAUAAAAAACGGUGUAAUUGAUUUAAAAAAAAUUAAUCUCCAAAUUACUUAUAAUUAUGAUAUAAAUCUAUGAAAAAAAAUCAAACUAAUGCUUUUUUGAUCUCAAUUUGAUCUAUAAAGCAAGAUCGAGAAUAAAAUUUUGGAUGAAAAGGAA